GUUCAUUUCCGGAGGGCACGUCAGCGGACGAGUCGCAUAGAGCGAGAGUGCGCUGUCUCUUCAGGGGUUGGGACAACCGAAGCUCCAUUCAUUCUAUCCUACUAAAAAAUAUAGCCCCGAGCGCAAUGCUGCUGCAAUUUUGAAACUAAUACUAUUUACAAUUGUGUAAAUAUUGGAAACAUGACCCGGGCUCAUUGCCGAAUCAAUACGUUAGUUUGUGAGUAAUUUGGCUGGUUUGAGAAACGCCGAUCGUUGACUAAUGGUCCGGGACCUCUCUUCGCCGAUGGGGUAGCAGCUAGCAGGAUACGAAAACAGCGUCAACUCCGUGUUCAGUGAACUCCAUGAGCAAGGGACAGCCUGUCAAAGCCUUCUGUGGUGAAAAGGUUCAGCAACCAAGUGCUGAACUAGCCUAUUCGACUUCAACAAUCCUGUUUGACUGAAUUAUGUACCAGGUGCAGGGGAAAGGGGAAAGGGCUGUUGCCAUGGUGCUGAAGGAGCUUCCGGGUAAAAAGGCAUCCUCAGAAGGAAACCCCCUCCUCACCGUGACAACCAAGCUGGUCGGUGAGCAGCAAGAGAGCCGCCCGCUGCUGAGCCCCUCCAUCGACGACUUCCUGUCAGAGAGCCGCAUUGAUGGCCCUGUUGUCCGGCCGGUCACCUCCAACACAGCAGUUCUAUCCUCAGCCCUUGACCUGGUGGACCUGAGCGAGCCCAGUGAACGCAGUAGCAGGAAGGUCAGCGUCAGGGAGCGUCCGAGCCCCUUGGGGCCCCGUAAGGGAAAUUCUAAAAACAGCCCACGGAGAGGGAAUAGACGAGAUGAGACAGAGCUCAUCCAUGUGGAGGUGGAGCGCUCAUCGAGUGCUCGCACCACACGAGCCCCCGAGAGGGUCUCCCUAGAGUCAGUCAGUUCCUCGUCUCCUUUGGAGAAAUGGGAGGAAGUGAAUCUUCACCCUGAAGGUGCCCUGAAUGACAGCAGGAAGAGAAGAUACGAAAAGAAGUGCACCUCACACCACUCCUCCAGUGAAUUAAUAUGGUCAGCAGAGUUUAAAACAAAUCCAUCUGUGAAAAACUCAUUUGAAGUCAAUAGCAAUGAUGACGAGGACCACAUAUCAGCACUAAAGGACCCAGUACCCCAACAAGUGCGGCCCAGUCUCCGUCACCUCUUGGGCAGACAUCAUUCCCAGGAGGAGGAGUUUGUAAGGGCAAAGGCUGCUGUAGAGUCGGACACAGAGUUCUGGGAUAAGAUGCAGGCAGAAUGGGAGGAACUGGCUCGCAGGAAUUGGCUCGAGGAAGAAAAUGAAGGCCCGAUACCACCCAGCAGCUCUCCAAUUGAGAAGGGCUACUACUUUCACACCAACAACCCGUACAAAGAGUGGCCCAAUGCUUUUGAGGAAGGGCAGCAGAAGGCCAGAGAUGGAGACCUGAACAAUGCUGUCCUGCUACUGGAGGCGGCCAUUUUGCAGGACCCAUCGGAUUCGGAGGCUUGGCAGGUUCUGGGCACCACACAGGCUGAGAAUGAGAAUGAGCAGGCAGCCAUCGUGUCACUCCAGAGGAAGAUGCAUUCUCCCCAUCCUCUCCCCAUCCUACCUGGAACGACCUCACCUGGCGUGCACACAAAAAAGACAGAACCAGCACAUCCUUGCACAGAAAUCACAGCAGUCCCUGUCUGCAGGUGUCUAGACCUCCACCACAACAACUUGCAGGCCCUCAUGGCCCUGGCGGUGAGUUUGACCAACACAGGCAUGCAACAGGACGCUUGCAAGGCCCUGCACCGAUGGAUCUGCCACAACCCCCGUUAUAAACACCUACUGCCAGGGAGCCGGAGCCCACUGCUGCAGGGGUCCCCCACCACACCGCGUAGGGGUCGUCCCCAUACGCCAACCUCUUGCAGCCAGCUGGCGGAGGUCAAGGGAUUGUAUCAGGAGGCCGUCUUGCUGAAUACAGAUGGGGUGGACCCGGACCUCCAGACAGGCCUUGGGGUCCUGUUCAACCUCAGCUCCGAGUUUGACAAGGCUGUGGAGGCCUUCAAGUCAGCCCUGUCUGUCAGACCUGAGGACUACCUGCUGUGGAACCGCCUGGGGGCCACACUGGCUAAUGGGGACCAUAGUGAGGAGGCAGUGGAGGCAUACACCCGGGCCCUGGAGCUCCAGCCGGGCUUCAUCAGGUCCCGCUACAACCUGGGCAUCAGCUGCAUCAACCUGGGAGCGCACAAGGAGGCAGCUAGUAACUUCCUGACUGCCCUUAACCAGCAGAGGCAGAGCCAGAGUCACCAAGUCAUGUCGGCUAACAUCUGGGCUGCCCUUCGGAUCGCCCUCUCCAUGAUGGACCGGCCCGAGCUCUUCCAGGCUGCGAACCUUGGAGACCUGGACCGACUCAUGAAGGCCUUCGAAAUGGGGCGGGUUAUGUGACCAGGUUUAGUGGGGCUCCUCAGAUAAACAGUUCGCUAAUUGGCUAGAGGGUUGCCAGAUUGGUGACCAAGAAUGGCUUCUGUUAAUGUAAAGCUAAAUUAAUGUCUGACAGAAGAGAGAUGAAUGUUAUUGAAGAUCGGAAAAAGAGGUGGGAUUGUAGAAUAAUGGAGGUGUUCUAGUAUUUGAAAUGCCAUUAUAGUGGAAAUAUUGGAAGACCUGAACCAACUUGGGAAAUAUACACACUCUUUUAUUUUAGACUGGCCUCCAGCAGCUGAAAUUAGGCUACAAUAACGCAGCCAUAGAUCAAACGUGAUCAUUUAUUCCCUAUUUGUUUUGGUAUGGCACUGUAUACAACUUCUGCUGUGUGGUCAUAUACCAUCUACUUUAAGUGGAUGGGAAGAUUGUUUUUAACCCGUUGAAACGGAUUUGCACCACUGCAAUGGGGUACUACUAUUUAAUUUUUAUCCCCGAAGAGCACAACGUUGACUGAGAAAAGGAAAGACAGAGUCUGCUGUAAAGUAGAGGAAAAACAAGCCAUGCAUGCCCGGCAAUCACAUUGUGAAAGAACUGAAGCCUUAUACUAAAUGAAAUUAUAUCAAAUGCACAAGUCGUAAUCACUUUUAUAGACAGCAGGUACUGAUGGUCAAAUUGUGUGUAAUAGUAUAGACUAGAGUCCUCUUGUGUAUAGUUUUUUGUCAUUUUGUACAUACCUGUAUUUAUUUGGAAUAUCACUUCCAUGCAUUGCUCCAAGUACAGUAUGUAAUAAAUGACUGGUU